AUACAUUUCCUCUACUGCUAUAUAUUUGAGGUCUCAUCCCUUCUGCCCUAUCCCUAAUACAUGUUCUAGGCAGCCAUGAGUCGGGGAGGUAGCUAUGGCGGUGGGCAGAGUUCAUUGGGAUACCUUUUCGGGUCCGAUGAGCAGCCAAGCGAGCCCCCAGUUUCACCAACGAUUCAACUGCCACCUUAUGGUAUAGAUACCAUUCCAGAGAAGCCUCCAAACCGGCCUCCACCAGCCGAGAAACAAAGCAGCUCCAACAACUAUCAGAGAACUCAAGGCCAGAAUACAGGAAACUUCAUUACAGAUCGCCCUUCGACAAAAGUUAGAUCAGUUCCUGGUGGAGAUUCAUCUCUUGGGUACUUGUUUGGAGAUAAGUGAUGCUACAACCUCCUGAAUUCUCAACCCUGAAGAAGGGAUGAUUACUGUACUGUGGGUUUGGAUAACACGUGAAAUAAGGGAUUUAAUUCCCAAGUGUUGGAUUUGCAAGCUUUCUACUAGCAUAUAAAAAAGAACUUGUGUUUGUGUAAUUUUCAUUUAGAUGCCUAUAAAGAUUUAGAAUCUCAAAAUAAAAUUAAAGCUUUUUAUUUGAGAUUACUAUCUGUACGUCUUACCGUGUAAAGAAAGCAGUUCCUCCUAUCAGUGUGUGAAUUUUCUAGUCGAUUCCUUUCAA